AUGCCGUACUCACCACCCAGCUCCGCCAAACCAUUCACGCUCAACAUCCCUGACCAGGACAUCGAAGAUUGGCGCCAACUCCUCACACUCUCCAAGCUUGCGCCCAAAACCUGGGAAGGCUCGCAGGAAGACCGCCGCUAUGGUGUAACCCACAAAUGGCUCACCGAGACCAAAGAGUACUGGCUCAACACCUAUUCGUGGCGCGACGAAGAAAAGCGCAUCAACGCAUUCCCCAACUACCGCAUGCAAAUCAACGGCGUUGACCUCCACUUCAUAGCCUUGUUUUCUGAGAAGGAAGAGGCAGUACCCAUCCAGUUCCUGCACGGCUGGCCCGGAUCCUUCAUCGAAUUCCUGCCCAUGCUCGAAGUAAUCAAGAAGCAACACUCCGCAAAAGACCUCCCAUACCACAUCAUCGUGCCCUCGCUUCCAGGCUACCCGCUUUCUCCACGCCCAACAGACAGAGAGUGGUCCGUGAAAGAAUCCUCUGCCGUCCUCAACCAGCUCAUGCUGAACCUUGGGUUCGAAAAGUACCUCGCCCAAGGUGGCGACGUGGGAUCCUUCAACGCGCGCGUGUCGGCACAGAACCACGAUGCAUGCGUGGGAAUUCACCUGAAUAUGAUGACGGUGCAGGACCAGCCCGACGAGAGUGAACUGAGCGCGCUCGAGAAGAAAGCAAUCAAGUCUGCAAACGCAUGGCGCCAGACCGGCAACGCGUACGCACAGGAACACGGCACGCGACCCAGCACAAUCGGCAGCGUGCUAUCCUCGAACCCCCUCGCUUUGCUUGCAUGGAUCGGCGAGAAGUUCCUCGAAUGGUCCGACACAGACCCAGACAUCCACCACAUCCUGACCAACAUCUCGCUAUACUGGUUCACCUGCUCGAUCCUCCCGUCGCUCCAGCCCUAUCGCCAGCUGCUCGGCAACUCCGGCCUGGCGCUGACGUACAUUGAGAAGCCCGUCGGCUUCAGUUUCUUCCCCCACGAGCUGUUCCCCGGGAUCAAGCACGUGCUGGACAAGAACGCCAACAUCGUCACAUACGAACAGCAUGAGAGCGGCGGGCACUUUGCGGCGCUGGAGAAGCCCGAGGAGCUGUGGGGCGACGUCGAGAAGUUUGUCAACGUGGCCUGGAAGGUAUGAGGCGCUCUCGUGUGCGUGCCUUUCCUGCUUUCGGCAAGGGUGCUGCGCUGACGGCUGAUAGGCCAAUGGAGGAUCAAAGCUGUAG